AAUAGAUUAUAUACAAUUAUUGUUUUAUUCUGGUGAAAUAUUUUUUUCAUCCAAUUUUAUGUUAAAAUAUGUGAGAGAAUCUUUUGUAUGUCAAACCAAAUGCUGGAUUCACACACUGGUUUAUACUUAUGUAAUCCACAUAUAUAUAUCCUUGAAAUUUAUCUCAGCAGUGGAGUAAACACAGUAUAUAAGGAGGGACCUACAACAUUUUGAGCACAUCACUGUCAGGUAGCAUAAGGAUGAAGGCUAUCAUUCUUUUGGCUCUCUUUGCUGCGGCCUAUGCCGCUCCUCUGAAUGAGGAUGAUAAAAUUGUCGGGGGCUUUGAGUGCACUAAGAAUGGUGUUCCAUAUCAGGUUUCUCUGAACAGUGGCUACCACUUUUGUGGUGGUUCUCUGAUCAGCAACCUCUGGGUCGUGUCUGCUGCUCACUGUUACAAGUCUCGUAUCGAGGUGCGUCUGGGUGAGCAUAACAUUGAUGCCAAUGAGGGCACCGAGCAGUUCAUUAACUCUGUGAAGGUCAUUAGACACCCCAGCUACAACAGCAAUAAUCUGGACAGCGACAUCAUGCUGAUUAAACUCAGCAAAGUCGCCACCCUGAACCAAUACGUUAAGACCGUUGCUCUGCCUUCAAGCUGUGCUUCCGCUGGUUCCCAAUGCCUGAUCUCUGGAUGGGGAAACACUAGCGCAACCGGAAGUAACUACCCCAGCCGUCUGAUGUGCCUGCAGGCUCCUAUCUUGAGCGACAGCACCUGCAAAAGCGCCUACCCAGGUGAGAUCACCUCCAACAUGUUCUGUGCUGGCUUCAUGGAGGGAGGCAAGGACUCCUGCCAGGGUGACUCUGGUGGCCCAGUUGUGUGCAGCGGUCAGCUGCAGGGUAUCGUGUCCUGGGGUUAUGGUUGUGCCCAGAGAAACAGACCUGGUGUUUACACCAAGGUUUGCAACUUCAGAACCUGGAUCACAAACACCAUGAACUCCAAUUAGGCUUGCAUCCAUUUGAUGAGAAAUAAAUGACUUAUUGCAAACCUUAAUGGUUUCUCUUUGUGUUAUUUAAUUUAUUAUAAUUUUAUGAAUUAUAUUGGAACUUGGGUGCAUU